AUGACACACAACGGACCAAAACCAGAUGUCUAUCUAAACGUUGCUAAGGAUUUGGGUGGCCGUUUACUUUCGGCUUUUAACUCCAGCCCUACUUCAGUUCCUUAUAGUGAUGUCAUAUCAGCUCAUCCAGCUCCAGGAGGAAUGAGCAGUACAGCAGAAGUUGCAUCUGUGCAGCUUGAGUUUAAUUACCUCAGUGCUGUCUCUGGUGAUCCCAAGUACAAUACAGAGGCUAUGAAGGUCUUGGCUCAUAUAAAGACUCUUCCAAAGACAGAAGGUCUUGUUCCAAUCUACAUCAGCCCUCAAUCCGGUGAGUUUGUUGGUGAGAACAUAAGCAGGAACAUAGCGAAAGCAUGUUUUGAGAUGUAUGAAGUAACAGCCACUGGCCUUGCUCCAGAAAUUGCUUUACUUUCACACAGAGAUGACUCGGUGAUACCGUUGGAAUAA